UUUAAUAAUCAUUUCAUUCAUUCAUCCAUCUUUUUUAUAACACAAAAACAGCAGAUCCAAGAAGCUCAUUUUCUGCAAAAUCAAAUCAAAUCAAAUCCCCCUCGUGUAAACGCUCUCAUCCUCCGCAAUGUCAAAGCAAAGAUUGGAGGGGAAGGUCGCUCUCAUCACCGGCGCCGCCAGCGGCAUCGGCGCCGAAGCCGCCCGCCUCUUCGUCGAGCACGGCGCCUCCGUCGUCGUCGCCGACAUCCAGGACGAGCUCGCCUCCGAGCUCAUCGCCUCGAUGAGCUCGGACAGAGCGAGCUACCGCCGCUGCGACGUCCGCGACGAGGCGCAGGUGGCCGCCGCCGUGGCAUACGCCGUGGAGCGGUACGGCGGCCUCGACGUCCUCUUCAGCAACGCCGGGGCCCUCGGGCCGAUCUCGAGCAUCCUGGACCUGGACGUCGCCGCGAUGGACGGCGUCCUCGCGACGAACGUGCGCGGCGUGGCGGCCACGAUCAAGCACGCUGCGCGGUCGAUGGUGGCGCGGCGCGUGAGGGGGUCGAUCAUCUGCACCGCCAGCGUGGCGGCGUGCGUGGGAGGGAGCGGGCCCCACGCGUACUCGGCCGCGAAGAGCGCGGUGGUGGGGCUGGCGAGGUCGGCGUGCGGGGAGCUCGGGAGGCACGGGAUCAGGGUCAACUGCAUCUCGCCGUUCGGGGUCGCCACGCCGAUGGUGUGUGCCGCCUACGGGGCGGAGCCCGAGGAUAUCGAGGCGAAUAGUUGCGCGGUGGCGAACCUCAAGGGGAUCGUGCUCAAGGCCAGGCACAUCGCGGAGGCAGCGCUGUUCCUGGCCUCGGAUGAGUCCGCCUACGUCAGCGGCCAGAACCUGGCUGUUGACGGAGGAUUUGCGGUGGUGAACCACAGUUACUCUUCGGCAUCGUUUUGAUCGAAGUUUGGAUAGGAUAUUUCCAUUUUGGUAUUUUGACACGCUAUAUUUGUUUUCUUUUUAGUUUUUUAAUAUAAUGGAAUUUUAAGAUAUUGCAUGCA